AGAGAGGGUUGGGGAGCGAGAUUUCCUGUUCUCCCCGGAGGAGAGCGUCUCUGGAAUCUCAAGGAGGAUGGGAGUGCUCUUCUACUUGGUGGGGCGUCUCGCGCCCUCUGCGAAAUACCCGUUAUGGUGGCGGCGCGGCAGGUUGCGGAGCUGGGACGGAGGUGCAGCACGCCAGGGCCAGAGGUGUAUGUAAAAUUGAGACAACUCUCAGGUCGCCAUUUUAAUUGCGGCUUCCAACGGGACCGAGGCCCACUUGCUGCCCUCCAGGGCGGGGGAAAUCGCGCCUUCGGUUUCAGUCUCGCCUUUUCCCGCCUCUCGCCAGCAACCUGCGGGUUUCCAACUCACUCCGCAGCCUCGCUGAGCCCAGACCGCUGGAAAGCCGAGGAGAGCCGGGAGCCGGCAGGGUGGCGCCUCCAGACUGUGACCAUGCUCCGCUACGGAAAUACAGAAAGCCGCGGUGCUCUGGCCCUUCCUCGCCUCUUGCCAAGUGACAAGCGUGUCAAGACGCUCUCUGGGUUCAGUCUUCUUUCGUUCACAUUAGGCUGCAAAAGUCUCUGUCUUCCCCCCACCCCCCACCCCCGACAAAUACUUUUAAAAAAGCAUUAUCCAACUGGGUCUCCCAGCGAAGAAAUCCCUACAGCCUGCGCGCAGGUGGGACUCUCAUGCCUUUGCUUCCCCGACCCUACAUGCUGUUGUCCAGAUAGGGACCAGGUUUUAAACUCCCGGUGUGUAGGAUACUUGCAAAGCUGUGGCACUCUCCGAUUUUUGCAAAUAGGAUUCUCAGGAAAGUUUGCUUUCCAUUUCAUCACCCUGGACGGUUCCCCUUCUCUCCUUUGCCCUAACCUCGUCAGUCCCUCAAGCGGCAAGAAGAGCUCAGCUUCAAACGAAAAGCAAGAUAAAGCCACCUCAGUCCCUGCUCCCAGUAGACUUCUCUUAAAACACCUGCUUGUUUUAAAGGCCAGGGACUGAGUCCUGCAGUUUGUCCGGGAGUGUAGCGGGAACAAGCGAGCUGGGAACUGGGGUCUUUGC